AAUUCCUCUCCCUCUCAUUUUUCCUAUCUCGCACUCUCUCUCUCUCACGCGGAGAUUCUCUGUAAAGAUUUCUGGAUCGCCAACGAUCAAUCAAUCUGAAACACGGUGUGGGUGUAGUAGUACUGUUGUUGGAGAAGAAUGGCGACCUUCGAGCUAUAUCGGAGAUCAACGAUUGGAAUGUGUUUGACGGAAACUUUGGAUCAUAUGGUUUCUACCGGAGUUCUGAGCCCCGAACUCGCCAUUCAAGUUUUAAUUCAAUUCGACAAGUCAAUGACUGAAGCUCUAGAGACCGAGGUGAAGAACAAGGUUUCCAUUAAGGGACAUCUUCAUACCUACCGGUUCUGUGACAAUGUGUGGACUUUCAUUUUACAAAAUGCUCAGGUGAAAAGUGAGGAAGGCCAGGAAACUGUUGAUUGUCUCAAGAUUGUGGCCUGCGACUCAAAGUUACUAACUCAGUGAAAAGAUAGCUUUUUUGGUAGUUUUUGUUUGGAUCUGGGAGAAAGAAGAGAGGCUAUGAGAAAUUCUGGAGGCAAGUCCUUUCUGUUUAUAUUUGACAAAAGAUUAAUAGCGGAGGGGGAAGCAUCGGAAAAUUAACACGCAUAAGCUACUGUUGGUGGUGCCUUCUGAAUUCAUAUUUUUCACAUUCUGCCCCUUAAUUUUUACUUUCUGAAGGAUUACUUAGGCAGCAGAUUACUAGGCCAAUUUGAUUUAUUAAGUUCACGUGCUUAAUAUUAAAUCAUGACUGUAAAUCAACAAUUACACUAUCAAGUACCGACUUGGAAAUUAAUAUGUUGAUGGCGUGUAA